AUGGCGCUGCAGGUCCUUUCCUCGGGCCUGGGCUCUGUGAAGAAGGCGGCGAACCGGGUCACUCAACGAGAGUCGGCGCUGGAAAAGAACCUUAGAGAGGCCACCUCCAACCAAAACUGGGGUGUCCCCAACAGCCAGCUCCAUGACAUUGCACGCGCAUCCUUCGAUUUCCAAGAGUACCAGACCAUCAUCACCGAGAUCUGGGCCGGUUUGCAGGAAGCGAAGUCUAGAUGGCGGCGGGUCUUGAAGACGUUGAACCUUGUCGAGUUUUUGGUCAAGAACGGCAGCGAGCGGAUAAUUGAUGAAAUUCGCCGUGACCAGUACAAGGUCCGUCCGCUCAUGGACUUUAGCUACUCCGAAGAUGGCAAGGACAAGGGUGCAGCGGUUCGCGAAAAGACCAAAGCCAUCUUGGAGCUCAUCAGCGACAACGAGCUGCUGCGCUCGGAGCGGGACAAGGCCCGUACGCACCGAGAGAAGUUCAUGGGCAUGCCUGGGCCCUUCCAUUCUGGCGCUUUGAGGUUACGUGGAAAAGUUUGCAGAUUGUGA